CGUGCAGAGCCUUGGAAAUCCGGCUUUUAUUCGAAAACUAUUCCACGUAUUGUUUUGCGGUUUGGCUACGAAAAGCAUUUAAGGAACAGCUUACAGGCCUAUAAUAGUGAGACGUUCUAUUUUCCCUUACUAAUAGGUAAGUUUUGACUGUGAAAAUGGCUAAAACGGCACUUUUUGCGGCGAGAUUUAGGUAAGAAGAUUCAUUUUCCCGGGCUUCGGAAAAUUAUAGACCCGUAGAAUGCACCUUUGUCUUGCGUCGCGUGAUAAAAAAAUAUAGUUUCGUAGAUGAAAAUCGAUGGUUCUACGAUGCAGUUCUAAAGCACUGCAUGCCAGUAAGACACUCCAGUGAAGUGGCGCCACCACGCGCUCCGCUCGGCCGCUAUCAGUCCGGGAGGGGAAGUAGCCUUGAGCGGCGGGAAGGUGGGUAUGCGGGGGGAAAAGAUCCGGCUGGUAGGGGGAGUGCCCAGCUGCUGCGUGUCGCUAACCUGAGUCUAGGGCAGUAGCUGUCUUUGACAGACGCACAGUGCGAGGUGCGAGAUAAUAGUUCGUACAUCCAUCAUCCUGCGUGCGUGCUCUGAUACUUGUGAAUGUGUGUGGGUGAAUUGACUCGCGUCAAGUGCCAGUAGAACGUUUAGCCUUUAUACCCAUUUAGAAAGGUUUGAUUUACAAAGGUAUGGAAUCUGCGAGAAAGCAAGUUUUGAAUGAAGACAAAAGAAGAGGUAAAAAACGUCACUUGCGUCUGAAUGCAGUUCGAAAGAAAAGGAAAUGGAACAAAGGGAAAGUUUUACGUUUAGUUGACGGCAGGCUGCGUUACGUGAAAAACCAUGAAACAAGGUUUUCCAACUAUACUUCACAUGAGUCUUUCAGUACAUCCAAACACGCGGGGAAUAUAGAAAAUGCUGUUGAAAGGAAAACCCAGACAGACAGUGAGACUUGCUACAUAACGUUGUCUCCAGCAAGGUGUUCCACCUCUCCCGGCGAUACUGCUUCACAUGAUCAAGUAGACAUCGAUGGAGCAGGUUGUUCGUUUUGGACAAACGAAAUAUUGGCGACACCGCAGAAAGUCACAACUACUGAUUAUCCUACAGAAGAAUAUGAUGUUACUGGAAUAUUUUCAGACACGGAACAAGAGUCAAAAUCGGUCACAAGUGACUACGCUCAGCUUCUUGAAGGCGUGGAGAAACUUUCGUCACCAGCAUCUUCACCCGAACAAACCUCUCCUAAAAAAACUUUCAGCUCUGAAUCAUCAACCUUUCCGAUACAAGGCCGUCGACUGUUUGAUGUUGACUUUCUAUUCAAAGAAAUGUCGCGCAUCAGCCAACAUAACAAAGUGUUUCAGUGUUCGUUUGAAAAUAUGCGAUUAAUAAAAGAACAUAAAAAUGGAAUGAUAAGUAAAUUUGAUUUCAAGUGUAAUAUGUGUGGUACUGUUGAAUCUAUUUUCUCGGAGGACCCCCAAACAAAUAAAGUCAACUGUAACAUGGCAUGGGUGAACAGUAUGUUGUUAACGGGCCAAAGUUUUACACAGUUACAAGACAUAACUUCAACUUUGGAAAUGCCUUGCAUGGCCAAGGAGACUUUCAACAAAUGUCAAAAAUCCCUAUCUUCUGUUAUACACGAUGUCGCAUGUCAAAGUAUGGAAGCCGCUGGCAAAGAAGAAGCAAGAUUGGCAGUAGAAAAUGGCAGUGUGGAUGUCGACGGAGUUCCUCUCAUAGCAGUUGUCACUGAUGGAGCUUGGUGUAAACGAUCGUAUGGAAACAAAUAUGAUGCUCUUUCUGGGGUGGCUUGCAUAGUAGGAAAAGAAACAAAAAAAGUUAUCUUCGCAAGCACUAGGAAUCGAUACUGCUGCAUAUGUUCACGAGCAAACAGUAAAAAUGAGACGCCAAAGGACCACGUCUGUUUCAAAAAUUGGAACAAGUCUUCAAAUGCCAUGGAAUCUGACAUCAUAGUGGAAGGUUUCAAAUGCAGUGUUUCCAUGCAUAACCUGAAAUAUCAUCAGCUGAUUGGUGAGUCACAAGGUGAUCAGUUAAUUUCAGAUGUUAUUAAUUAUUAUGUAUUUGUGUCGAUAGUAUAUUUUCGAAAUAAUUUCAAUGCCGUGUGGUAUUUAAUGUUUUUAUUUCCGACGUCGCACGUUUCAUAUGUUUUCAUACAAUGCUGCAUAUUGUAACGAACUGAAGUGUAGCGCUUUUGUAACAGCUACUUCCUAAAUAUAAAGAAAGGUAUUAGCUCUACAAUGUUUAUAAAUGUAACCUCGCGAAGAGUAGGUACUAAAUAUUGUGAACUAUAUGAAAAUAGUUAGCCUCAGAGCAGUAACCGAGCGCUCUGAUAUGCCUACAAGAAGAACGUGCAUAUGUGGCCAUUUCGAGUUAAAAAUGAUUUGGUAGUUUUCUGUAGGUAUUUUUCAGUGAGCCAUUGUAUGUAAGUAGUUGUGUUAAUUAAAGAAAUGUUGUCUUGCACUUGUAUUUCAUACCCCAGAAAUAGCAUAGCCAUACAAUUCAGAGCCUACCACUAUGUUAAUAUAUGUACUUCUUUGAGGGCUUAACUGCAGAUUUAUGUCUUGGUAUGGUUCUUAGGAAUAUUUUUAAAGGGUAUGCAAGGUAUAAAGUUUUCCAUUUAGCCGAAAAAA